ACUAGCACGUCUUCGAAGCCGAGCCGAGCCAGCCCGGGCCAGCUCGGGCCAGAGACUCGAGCCAGCCCCCGUUCACACUGCUUGUGGCGUUAGCGGCUAGCCCGAUUAGUAGGCGUGUGUUUUGGCACGCGCGCUACCUUAAUAUAAUUACCUUAGAUAGCUCAAACUGCACGCGCUAGUACCGUACUAAGUGCUAUGGAUCGACAACAAGCUGUGCGCCUUUUCUUCUCCCUCGUGGUUCGUCAGUCAAACGCAGAAAUGCAUAUGGUGUCUACGAGAAGAGCGUCAAGCAGGAGAAGAUGUCGCAUCCACCCUUCAUUUCUUCGUCGGCAGCUGCAGCGGCGGGAAACCUGGACUACUUUAGCGUUGCUUUUAGUUCUGGUCAACUCUGCUUCUCCAGAACGACAGAUAUGGAGCUACCCCAGGUCAAGUGACUGGUGGGACUUUGUCGUGCAGAGGACAUUCUCUGCACGUGACUGGAAAGAAAAUUUUAGAAUGUGUAGAGAGACGUUUUUGUAUUUGUGUGAGAAGUUGAGGCACGAGAUAGAACCUGAGGUGACACAUUUAAGAGCCUCUAUCUGCAUUGAGAAGCGAGUCGCAGUCACAGUCUGGUACUUGGCAACAAACGUGGAGUACCGUACAAUAUCCCACCUGUUUGGCAUUGGCAGAUCAACUGUCUGCUCCACUGUUCACAGUACGUGUCGAGCUAUCGUUCAUUGUCUUAUGUCUGGUUACAUCACGUUUCCUACUGGAGAAAUGCUAACAGAUGUAGUAAAGGGAUUUUCCCAGUCCUUCAAUUUUCCCCAGUGUGCAGGAGCAAUUGAUGGAUGUCACAUUCCAGUUUCUCCACCAGCGCUCAAUCACACCGACUACUAUAACAGAAAGGGAUGGUACUCCGUGAUUUUACAGGCUGUUGUAGAUCAUAAAUAUCUGUUUCGGGAUAUAAAUAACGCAGAAAGUGGAUUGAUAUUGAAUGAACAGCAGAAAGAAAUUGAAGGGUGCACCAUACCUGUGUUUCUUGUUGGUGAUUCUGCUUAUCCCCUGAAGAAUUGGCUCCUUAAACCGUUUCCACAUAAUGACCACCUGACUGACGAAAAGAAGAACUUUAACUAUCGAAUUUCAAAAGCUAGAAUAGUUGUGGAGAAUGCGUUUGGUCGCCUGAAAGCUCGAUGGAGGCGUUUAAUGAAAAAGAACGACAUGCAAAUUAGGCAUGUCCAGCAUGUUAUAGCUGCCUGCUGUGUCCUCCAUAAUGUGUGUGAAAUACAUGGGGAUUCAUUUGAUGAUGACUGGAUGGAAGAGACUGAUUUGCAACUUCAACAUGCUGAAACGCACACUGUCAGAGAUACUGUCAAUGAUCGUACAGCAGCAAUUCGAGAAACUCUAGUUUCACACUUGGCAAAUAGUUAA